AACAUGUUCUUCUUCUUCUUCUUCUUCCUUCAAACCCUAAUUUCCCCAAAUGACAACCCUCAAACCCCCAUUUCAAACCCUAAAUUCCCAAUUCAAACUCCAAAUCCCCCUCAAACUCUCCCCCAAAACCUCCAAAAUCCUCUGUUCUCAAAACCCUAACCACCAACCCCCACCAAAACCCAUUACAAUCCUCUCAAUUCUCCGAUCAAUCCCCGAUUGGGCCGACGGGAUUAAAGAACGGCGUAUGAAACAACCACGCCCACUCUACAAACACUCCGACUGGAUCCGUCACCGGAGCUCCGUACGCCACCUUAGACAUUUACUAUCUAGUCUCAAUUCUAGGGUUAUACUGUCGUUAGUCCCGCCGGUGAUUGCGUUUACGUCGGUGGCGGCGGUGGUGGCGAGUUAUAACACGGCGGUGGUGUGGCAUUUGUUGCCGGAGGUGUUUCCGGUGCUUAGAGCGUCGAGUUUGCCGUACCAGUUGACGGCGCCGGCGUUGGCGUUGUUGUUGGUGUUUAGAACCGAGGCGUCGUAUUCGCGGUUUGAGGAAGGGAGGAAGGCGUGGAGUAAGGUGGUUUCGGGGACGAAUGACUUUGCUAGGCAGGUGAUGGUUAGUGUGGAGGAGGAGGAUUGUUUGGUUAAGACUGCGCUUUUGCAGUAUAUUAUGGCGUUUCCGGUUGCGCUUAAGUGCCAUUUGGUUUACGAAUCUGAUAUUGGAAGAGAGCUUCAAGAUCUGCUUGAGGAUGAUGAUCUUGAAAUACUUCUCGGUUCAAAUCAUCACCCGCGCUGCCUUAUCCAGUUCAUCUCUCAAAGUAUGAAGCUGCUUGAUUUAGAGGAGACAAAGCGGACUUUAUUGGAAUCGAAAGUUACUUGUUUACAUGAAGGUAUCGGUGUUUGUGAACAAAUUGUGGGCAUUCCCAUCCCUCUUUCUUACACACGUUUGACUUCAAGAUUUCUUGUGUUAUGGCAUCUUACACUCCCGAUUAUACUCUGGGAUGAUUGUAACUGGAUUGUGGUUCCCGCUACAUUUGUUAGUGCGGCUUCUUUAUUCUGCAUCGAAGAGGUGGGAGUUCUCAUUGAAGAGCCUUUUCAGAUGCUUUCUCUAGACGAGCUCUGCAUUCGCGUGUGUGAAAAUGUACAAGAGGCGAUGACAAGCGAGAAGAAGAUUCAAGAAACUUUACUUAUGAAAAAAGAGGCUGCAUCUAGGGACCCAUCGUUAAACGGGCACCCAACAUCUGGCAAUGAACAAAAGACUCGAUCUAACAGUAUCAGUCCGUCAUCAAGAUAAGUGAUUAAGUGUUUACAAACUUGUCUGCUAUUCGUGGUUCUCUGAGACCCGUUAUCACACUUUGGCUUCUUAUCACACGAAAAUAACGGAAAUGUUGAAUGUCCUAAAAGAAUGUCCUGUUGUAGUCAUGGGUUUGUAUAUGGUUAGUAUUUUUGUUAGUAAACAAUUUAGUUCUUCAUGAAAAGAAAUGUGCUUGUGUUUGAAUGCAA